CAUUCGGUUGAUCUCGCGUGUAGAGCUAAGCCAUGCUGUUUGCUGGUUUUUUUUUCUUCUUUACGUUCAUUAGAAAUCGAUUGAGUUCAAGUUUCAAUUAAACUGAAGACAGCUUACGAAAAAGCAACACCAAUUUCAUGAUCACAAUUUUUAGUUUGUUAAUUUUUGUUGUUUGUCAUUUUGAAAUUGGAAUCUUAAAAUGAUGUUUUGAUCCGUUGUUAUUGUUAAUUCGUUCGAGCAUACAUAAUAUACCUGCCGUUUAGUGUCAUAUCGAUACAUGCUUGUCAAAAACACAUUUAUAUUUGACUUAUCAAUUUGGAAUAUAUCGAAAUGCAAUGCAAAGUACAAAUCAAUUAGAAUGAAGACGAUAAACUUUGUUGUCGAACUUCAUUUUUGUAACGUAAGGUGUACUACACCAUACCCGCUGUAGUUGUAAAGACUCUCGACUGGAAAUUUUAAAGUAAAAAUUUUGUUGUGCGGUUUGAGACACACUGUUCGGAACUUUUAUUGCAUUUAGUAUACACGUGUGACUGGGCAGUGUAAUUUUUUUCAAAAAGAAAAGAAAUACGAAUUCCCCGUACCUACGCCUCACUACAUUCGAGUUUUUAUUACUUGUUUUCGUUGACAACUUAAUUACACAUUUAAGUUAAACAAAUCGAACCGAAUAGAUGUAAUUAAAAAUACAAUUUUUUUCAUUGUGGGUUAAAAUACAUUAAGUGGAUCACAAACGAAUAAUUAAUUUUGUUGAUCGAAUGGAAUUAAACAUACAAGAAAACAACAACCAACCAACCAACCAAAAGUUGUUGCAUUUGAAUUUGAAACAUAUUGUUUAUCGUCCGAUAAGCGAGUAUACCAGUUUGUGUUUUUUGUGUGGACCAUAAUUCGAACGAUAAAACAAUUUCGACCCUGAAUUGAAUGAUUUUACGGAGUAGCUAAAAAUAUAGUGAAAAGUAUAAAAUGCCUUAGAACUCACACAAGUUGGAAAAAAUGGAUACAAUAGACACUUCGACCGUCGAUCCCGUAGACAUUGAAUCAGUGCAUAAAAAAGUGAAAUUGAAUGGUGAUACGGAUAAUGCGAAAAGCGUCGAUAAAAAUGACAGUGAAGAGGAAUUCGACUUUAGCUCCAGCGACUUAGAAGAUUUAGAUAGUGUAAAUAGUGCCGUCGAUGAAACGGACAAUUUUAGCGAGCCUUUAAAAUCAAACGAUAACGAUGUUAAUCAGUUAAUCGAAGCAAAAAAUGAUAACAUCAAAGUGGGGAAUGGCGACGCUGAAUCAGUGAUGGAUACGGUUGUGAUUAGCGACACAUCUAGUCUUAGUAAAUGUUCCAAUCCGAUAAGUAACGAAUGCAACGACCAAGUGGAUUCAAUAGUCAAUACAAACGGUGAAAAUAGUAUGAACACUGCAACGGUUGAUCGUCAACAAAUCGCUGAUGAUCCACCAAUAAAUUCCAAUAAUAUUGCCAGUCCAAGUGGCCCGACGAAAUGCGAAGAGGAUGGUGCGUACAGCGAUGAGGAUGGUGCUAUUGUGAACUUUCUUGGAAAGGCUAAUGAAAUAGCCGAAUCGCGACUGGCUCAGCGGCGUCAAGCUCGUGCAGAGGCGCGUGAAAUUCGUAUGCGUGAAUUGGAACGUCAGCAAAAGGAGCAGGAACAAAAUGCUGACCGGGUGUUUGACAUGCAAGCAUCGUCGAAUAUCGAUCCAAUAGGUCGUUCACGAUUGGCCAUAUCGUCGGUGACUGGUCCGAUACGAGGCAAUUCAAUGUCGUCGCGAAGGAGCAGCGAGGAUUCGUUGGAGGAGGAGGGACGAAGUUUGCGUGAUAUUAGACACGAACUGAAGGACGUUGAAGAGAGAUUUCGUAAGGCCAUGAUUGCGAAUGCUCAACUAGACAAUGAACGAGCAUCACAAUCGUAUCAAAUUCAACUGCUUAAAGAUAAGCUGGAAGAGAUGGAAGAAGCCCAUGCGCAAUUACAGCGGGAACAUAAAGAUAAAUGUCGCGAUCAUGACGCCUUAAAGCGAAAUAACGAUAAAUUAGCGGACGAGUUAAAAUUAACGCUUGGACAGCUCAAUGAACGCGAUACACUCAUAGCUGAGCAAGGAUUAGCUAUUGUAAUCGUGGAAAAUGAUGAUGGUACGGACGCAAGGAGGGCUCUAGUCAGUGUUGAAAACGCACAACUAUUAGAUACUGUUCAAGGAUCGUUAGAUGUUCGACUUAAGAAAUUUGCCGAAGAAAAGCAAUCUUUAAAGAAUGAAGUGCAACAACUCCAUCAACAGCUGUUGGAUUCAAAAACUCAGCGAAGGUCAGGGUCUUUGAACGGUCCACUCGGUGAUGAUGACUACGAAGAUGUACAACGCGAAGCGAAUAAACAAAUCGCUGACUAUCGUUACAAGUUGCAGAAAGCCGAGCAAGAGAUUGCCAGUUUGCAAGCGAGCCUUGCACGAUCUGAAACUCAGGUUAUACGUUACAAGAGUACAGCUGAUGCAGCUGAAAAGGCUGAGUCAGAACUGAAAUUAGAGCGCAGGAAAUUACAACGAGAGAACCGUGAAGUGUCUGAACGAUUAGAAGAAUUGGAAACAGCCAACAAUCACUUACUCAAACGAUUAGACAAACUAAAAAAUGCUAAAAGUGCUCUUCUAAAAGAUCUCUGACCGGUAUCAUCAUCGUUACUACCCCGACACAAAUAAUACAUACUUCACACACAACACAUCGCUUCUCUUUAAAUUAAUUACAAAUAAAAAUUGAAAAUGAUUAGCGGAGAAACGAAGAGAAAGCAGGGAAAGCAGAGAGCGAAAGAAAAAUCUAGAUGUUUAGAGGUAUAGAAAUUGCUAGGAGAUUUUUAGCUGCAAAAUUAUAAAUUAAUGAAAGGGCAAAGAGAAAAAUUUAAGUAAAAAGCAGAAAUUACUUUAACAUCCGAUUGUUGUGUAAAAAAAAAAUAUUUAAAAAAAUAUGAAAAUGAAACGAAAAUCGAGUCUAUGUAAAAUUGAUGGUGGUUUUGUUUUUCAUUUAUUUUUCGAAAAUUAUAUUUAUGCAUAGAACAUUUUUGAAAGUAUAAAAACUAUUUGUAACACACACACUCACCCACAACAAAUCAAAUAUCCCUUCCUGAGAAUCCUCUCCAUUAUGAUAAGCAAAAUGAAAGAAUGAAACUGCUACAUAUAUGGAAACGAAAAGAAUAUAUAACAAACGCCAUAUUUGUAUAUGUAGGACCGUAGUUUGUCGUUUAUUGUAAAAAAUAGAAGAAGACAGUUUAACAAAUAAAGAGAAAGAAAGAAAAAAUAUUAAAAAAUGUAAAAUUAAAAAUUAAAUUAAA